GCGCCGCGUUUAUCGUCACCGCGCCACCGUGUCGCACAGUUCUCCGCAAGUGUUUAUUUACGCGAAAUUGUGAAAGUGUCUGCGAUUUCACGAAGUGAGAGUACUUUGCCCAACCAAACACCUUUGACAGUCAAGUGGGGGUGAAUUGUUUUGCGAAUUUUAGAGAGGCGAGGUUCAAUGGAAGCGAGGUUCGUGACCUGCCGGAGUUUCCAGCAGAUCAAGCCGCCGGAGAAGAGCAUCGCGCCACCGCCGACGGUGAAGGGGCUCCUGUCUCGCUUCGGGAGCCAGGCCCAGGCGCUGUUCGCACCCAAGAAGCCGCGCUUCGGCUCGUCGGUGGCCAUCCACAAGCUCCGCGAGACCAAGUGGUUCAAGCACGAUGAACAGAACAUCCUGUGCGCCGUGCUGGAAUCCGGAUUCGUGCUGGAGGUCCGCGCCGAGGAACCUCUGCCACCGGACUCUACUUUGUGUCCCGAUUACCACAUGUACGCCAUUGCCAUGUGGAAGAAGGGUAAAGAAAAAACAAAGAACCCGGAACAGAUAGAGGUGUAUACAGUACAACAGAAAGGAGUGCGCAAACGUGUCGUCAGGACAACAUUGAGUGCCUUCUGGAAGAAAGAUUCUGUAAUCCGCAUCAACAACAUUGAUGACAAACAGGAGACCCCAAACAACGAGAAAGACAUAAGAGCCAAGCUGGAUAUGGCAACUAAGUCAAGGUUCGAGAGGAACUGGCAUAAUACACUGCAUUUCGUCCACUGGUGUCGGUACGGGGAGACUCCGCAAGAAGCUCGCAUGAGACAGAUAAGCGAGUCGCUAAAGUGGGGCAACAUCGGCAUGAACAUGGGCGUGAUGCUCGUGAGCCAGGCCCACGUCAGGGAAAAGGCUAAAUCAGUCUGAGUGUCACAGCCCAGCGGCUCAACCGCUGGCAACACCUGCUGCGCUUGCUUUUGGCUGCCCAACACCAACAUAGACUACGUCUAAUUUGAAAUUCAAACACCAUUCGAAUUUCAAUUUUCGGAACACGCAGCUGAUAAAAAGUUCCUUUACUUUGAAUUUCAAUUUCGAAUUCUCAAUUUCGUCGUUCUAUUCUACAUCAGUAUUUUGUCUCUCUUUCGCUCCACUAUCUUGAGUUUGUACGGACGCUCUAACGAAGAGGUAAAUUAUUGGACAAAACAAACAUUCCUAAUUAAAGACGCCCCGUGCUAGUAAUAAUGCUCUAAUCUAUGAUAUUACAGUGUUAAUCAGUUAUCGUAAGAUAGGCGAUAAUUUUAAGGCGAAAUCAUGAUUAAUGGUCUGAGAGUGACAACCCUAGUCUUACGUGUUACUUCUAUGUUUUUCUUAUGAAAUAAGACUGUUUUCUAUUAUAUUUAUGAUGGAAUAAUGACAAUUGACUACGACAAAGCAAACAUAAUUUAUUGAAUUGGAAAUUUAAUACAUCUCUAUCAAUGUUUCGUAGUCUGUUCAGAGUAUUGAUAUGUUUAAAGUAUUUCGAUCUUUGUAUUCUAAAUAACGACCUAAUUAAUGUUAUUUGUGAACGUCGGAUGUUGAGUUUGUGAGAGUAUUGUACUCGUAAGUUAAAUGUUCUAUUUAUAAUGAAGCAUUUUUUAUAAUAAAUGAUUAAUUGAUA